AUGCCCUUCGCCAACCGCCCCCAUGCCACUUUUGUUUUCUGCAUCAAUGUCACCACUACGGUCACCACUAGUAUCUCCUCCUCGACGUCCACAGUUUCUCCUUUGACGGAUUCCACGGUGACCACUACUACCCCGCCCAUUACUCCGGCCAUCAUCCGCUCUCCUGUUCGCAAGCGUGCCGCCACGGACCCUGCCGAGAGUCCUCGUGCCUCACCUCGUCGCCACUCUCAGCGCCGUGGUCUCUCCACUCCUCUCCACAUGAACGCUCUCCCCCCCUCGCCGCAAUGGUCCCCCGUCGGUGUCCGCAUGGCCUUUGGCAACUCACGCGCGAUCAACACCGACCAAUCGCCUGGUACCCCCCGUCGCGUCUGCACCGUCCCUACCACAGCCUCGAGGCGCCGCGGGUUCCAGGACGAGAACGCGCCUCCCCCUUCUGUUAUUCGUGGCCGCUCCACUUUCCGCUCUGUUACCUUCUGA